GUCAGGAUUGGGCGACCUCGCGCAUGGGCAGUGCAGUUCAUCGCUGAUGCAAGAAAUUUUCGGCGAAAAGGUGUGCGAUUAAAGGAGGGAUAAAAGUUGUCAGAUUUCGGUCUUUGUCAACCAGCAAACAUGUCAGGAGACGAGAUGAUUUUUGAUCCCAACAUGACCAAGAAGAAAAAGAAGAAGAAGAAGCCUUUCAUGCUGGAUGAAGAAGGAGGAGAAGGCAUGGGAGGAGAAGAGGCCAAAGAGGUGGAAGCCAAGGAGGCAGAGCCAGAAUUUGGCGACGACAGGGAGAUGGAUCCUGAUGAAGAUGAAGGCAAAAAGAAAGAAAUGUCUGAUGAUUUGAAUGACCUGAACUUCUUCAACCAGAAGAAAAAGAAGAAGAAACCCAAGAAAGUAUUUGAAAGUGAAGUAGAAGAAGGACUAAAGGAUGUAUUCACCAAAUUUAAUGUUGAACUUGUUCUGAAACAGGAGCUGAAAAUUGAAGGGGAGCAAAUUGAGCCAGUGGAAGAGGACGGUCUGGAUCUGGUGCUUCCCACUAAGAAGAAGAGGCAAAAGAAGGUUGACUUUGAGGAGGGGGAGCUACUGGAAAAAGAUGAUGCUCUGGAAGAUGAUGAGAGCAAGAACAGCGAUGGCAUCUCCUUCAGCUCCUCCACAGGACCGGCCUGGGCUGGCACAGAAAGAGACUACACUUAUGAUGAGCUUCUAAACAGAGUCUUCAACAUCAUGAGGGAGAAGAAUCCAGACAUGGUGGCCGGAGAGAAGAGGAAGUUUGUGAUGAAGCCUCCGCAGGUGGUCCGAGUUGGAACCAAAAAAACCUCAUUCGUCAACUUCACAGACAUCUGUAAACUGUUGCAUCGUCAGCCUAAACAUCUCCUCGCUUUCCUGCUGGCUGAGCUGGGAACAAGUGGCUCUAUAGAUGGAAAUAACCAGCUUGUGAUCAAAGGCAGAUUUCAACAGAAACAGAUAGAAAAUGUUUUGAGAAGAUAUAUCAAGGAAUAUGUGACGUGUCACACUUGCCGCUCCCCUGAGACCAUCCUGCAGAAGGACACUCGUCUCUAUUUCCUGCAGUGCGAGACGUGCCACUCCCGCUGCUCCGUCGCCAGCAUCAAGACCGGCUUCCAGGCUGUGACCGGCAAGAGGGCACAGCUCCGCGCCAAAGCCAACUAAAGGCCACAACACCUGGGCUCCCGACCUCUAUCGGCCCCCUAUUUCCCCUCAGAGGGGCUGGAGCUGGGGUCGGGUGCCUCCCUGAUUUGCUAAAAGGACUCUCUGAACUGCGGGAGGGUUUGGAUGUGGUUUUAGUUGGUGAUGGCCUGACGGGGUGAGCAGGGAGUGAGAGUGUAUGUUAAACCGGUGACAGAUGGCGUUCAGGAACAGUCAGCAGAUAUUCACCACAUUUACUGUUGGAUUGAAUGCAUUUGGUUAGCUGUUUUGAUGAGGAACCCUCCACCUCGUAGGUUUUUACCAUUUGCUGUGACUCUCGAUUCCACCAAGAAAAACCUGAUUUACAAAGCUUGCAUCUUUUCUUUGUUUUCUCCUUUUACACCACACACCAGACAAGAAGGCUUCUGUGAAAAUAUAAUUGAAUAUGUAUUUCGCCACACGACCAGCUGCAUUGUCUAAACUAAGCUGUAACAGAGCUCAGGUGCUCUGUUAAUUGUAGCCUUGGUUGCUUGUUAAUUCUUGACCUCAAUGUUGCUUAACUAAAAGUUGCCUUCUUGUUUCUGGUUCGCCCCGAACUGCAAAACGAUCUGUCUAAUUUUCUCUGCCCAGGCUCGUCAUCAACAAAAAAGGAAUUUUCCAUACUGGAGUGCAUUUGUCAGUGAGGCAAACGACUGGCUGAUAGACGAGAGCUCUGUUAAAAAUGAUUACGUAGGACGGUUCCAAAUAAGACAGAAAAAGAAACUAUUGUGUUUUUGUAGUGUUGAUUAUUUCCAAACAUUAGCUCAGCACAUUAUUUUGAAUCAAUUUUUGAUCUGUGGAGUUUGAAAAAAAAAAAAAAUAGUGAAAAUGAUCAGGUUCUCUUGAGCUGAUGGCAGGCCUAAAAGAAAACAAGCCUUUGACACACGCAGUUCAAGUAAUUUUCCUUCCGGCUGGUUAUUUUCCAGUGUGAAUAAAGAAAUUUACACCACAAUCGAUGCAGAAUAUGUGAUGUUGCACACAUUACAUUGGUUCUGCUCUUAUUUGAGAGUAACGUUGAUAAGGUCUGACUGGAAUCAUUUUAAAAUCUGGUUUUUACAUAAAUAAAAUAUUCUACUCUCUCUCCACUACUUUCUCUCCUUGCAUCUGUGUUAACUCAACAUGAGUAUCAUACUUAACUGAUAAAAUCCAAACAAUUUUGUUUGUUUUUAUGUAUUUGACAAUUGUAAUCUAUAGUAAAGGAGCUGUAGCGAG